CACUCACUCACUCACUCACUACAACUCACUGCUUUCUGUAUGAUUUUUGCCUUCCCUUCUUAGACGUUCGCUCCUCACAUCAACAGAAACCCAAUUUCAUUUACCCAACCUUAAAUUCCAGAGCAAGCACUCCUUCUCCCUACCCCAAGUUUCAGCGCAAAUGACCACCACCACCACCACCCUCACCAAACCCAAGAUGAUCCAUCAAAACCAAAACCCACCACCAAACCCGACCCGGCUCCCACCAAAGCAGCUUGUUCGGAUCAUUCUCGCAGACGCCGACGCCACCGACUCCUCCAGCGACGAAGACAGCGUCGUACCCGGUGUCAAACGGCAUGUCAGAAAGAUCAGCCGUGAGCUCUCCUCACCUUCGAAUUGUUCCCGUCAUUCUAAGCUGUCCAAGCGACGCAGCCCGCCCGAACCCGACCCGGCUAGCCGGGAAAAGUUCAUAGGCGUCCGGAAGCGGCCUUGGGGCCGAUAUGCCGCAGAGAUUCGGGACCCGACUCAGAGAAAACGGGUCUGGUUGGGAACCUACGACACUGCCGAGGAAGCUGCCGCUGUCUACGACAGAGCAGCGCUGAAGCUGAGGGGUCCUCACGCCGUCACUAACUUUACCAUCCCCGUUAUAGCGGAGGAGACGGUUGCUGAUGAGGUGGUCCCCGCUGCGGGUUCGAGCCAUGUGAGUGAGAUUGGGGGAGAGGGAGGAGCUGCUGGUUAUGUUUUGCUUUGA